AUGUCUACUGCCAGAUUGAUCCCCCGUCCUCUCGAGGGAAUUGGCGCCGCUAUUGCUAAAGAUCUCGGGGCCAAGGGUGCCAAUAUCCUUGCAACCUAUACCUCUGCGUCUUCCAACCAGUUGAUCGAUGAUCUUUGCGCGGAAAUUUCCAAAUCGCAUGGUGUGAAGGUUGUGCCUUGCAAAUCAGACCUCAAUGAGCCGGACCAAGCUAGUUCCGAUAUCGUCAACGCCGCCAAGGCUGCAUUUGCGGAUGCACACGGUAACUUGAGGGUUGACAUCAUAAUCAACAAUGCUGGAGUGGGUGGUGACUACAAGCUUGGAGAUGUUCCCACGCUGGAGUUCCACAGAAUGUACGGAGUGAACGUUUUGGCACCGAUCUGCGUCACGCAAGCUUUGCUUCCAUUUUUACCUCACGACCGUUCCGGGCGAAUUGUCAACAUCAGCAGUGUGGCCUCCAGCAUGGGUUUCGCUACACACACUCUUUACGGUGGCACAAAGGCAGCAUUAGAGGCUAUGACUCGGACAUGGGCUCGAGAGCUUGCAGAAAGAUGCACUGUGAAUGCUGUGAACCCCGGCCCAGUGGAGGGAGAUAUGUAUUUUGCGGCAGGCGAGAAGUUCUGGAAGCAAAUGGAGCCAUUCCAACUCAAUUGCCCCCUCAGCGCCGUUCGUGAGGGUGUUGAUGACCCUUCGCUCGUGAAGCUGGCGGUUGAUAAGAUGGGCGGGCGCAGGCCUGCAUACUGGAAAGAAAUCGCUGCCGUUGUUGGGAUGAUCUGUGGGCCAGAUUCUGGGUGGACUACUGGAAGUGUGAUCUGUUGCAAUGGAGGCUUCAAGUUCCAAACUUAG